GAGUUUGCGGAUGAAAUGGAUACCGGCGACGAUUUAACAACAACAACAGCAACAACAACAACAACGACGGCAACUGUUGCCACCGCCGCCGCCGCCACCACAGAAGCAAUGCGCAAGAAUUCAGAUUUUCUAUCGCAAAUACUUGAUCAACAGUUGGCGGCCAAGGAGCAGCGGGCCAAAGCGCACAAGCGACGCACAUCGUACGAGGAGUUCAAGCGUCUUGUGCGCGAAAUCGAUGCCAGCGGCGACAUGGAGCAGCCGACGCUGGAAUGUCAGCUGGACACACCCACAGCAACAGCAACAACAAUAACAGCAGCAGCAGCAGCAACAUCGCCGCUUAAGCGUCAGAAUUCGAGACAGCGCAAAAGUUUUGCCUCCUACUUUCUGCCGCGUCGCAACUCGGCAGCCAAAGAGCCAAAGACUGAGCAAAUUGAGUUGGCAGCGCCAGAGCAACAACAACAGCAGCAUCAGGAACAACAGCAGCAACAACAGCAACAGCAACAACAGUUGCAGUCGUAUGCCAAAAUGGCCAGCAGGAAAGACAGCUGCAGCUCCAGCGUGAGCUCCAGUGCCAGCUAUAAGCGUAAUUUUAAAAUCUACGAUAAGCUCAUCUAUGGCACCAUCUAUGACAUAAUACAGCGCAAGAACGAUAUCUAUCAGUUGACCUAUCAGAAGUACGACAAGUACAUGACCUACGGCACCAUCUAUGAGAUACUGCACCGCAAGGCGACGCCCAUGCAGGGCAGCAACUCCCUGACCACAGGCAGCGCCGACAAAUGGCAGCGCAAGAGCCUCAGCUCCAUACUAGAACGCGACACGGCAGCAACAUGCACAGCAGCAGCAGCAACAACAGCGCUGCAAAUGCAUAAAUCAAAUGAUGUGAUUUAUGAUAUAAUACAAAAGCAGCAGCAAAAGCGCGAACAAGAACGUCAAGAGCAAAAGCUGAAACAACAGCAGCAGCAGCAACAGCAGCAGCAACAGGAUGCAACAACAGACGCUGCCACGAAUUUGGGCACGCAUGUCACGCACAAAUAUGGCACAAUUUAUGACAUCCUACAAGGAGAGAAAUUGGAAACCGGCGAGGAGGCAGCCAACACGAAACCAGUUGCUGCCACAACGCGUUUCGUGGUCAGCCAUGUGGACGAACAGCAGCAACUGCAACAGCAGCAGCAGCAACAUGCCGCCGACAGCAGCAAUGUUGCUGCCGACACGAAAUGCAGCAAAAUGCGUCGCUUGUCCAAUAUUCUAAGCUACAACAAAUCAGGCAGCAGCCAUGCGCCGCAGGAAGCCGCCAGCAAUGACAGCAGCGAGCAACAGCAGCAACAACAGCAGCAGCAACAACAACAGCAGCAACAGCUGCUGGCCAAACGCAGCCAGGCGAAGCGUCGCGUUGGCGUUAGCAAUCUGCUGCUGCCGCUGGACUCCGAGGAGCUGUACACGCGCAUUAUAGCGCAGCAGCGACGCGCCGGCGGCAGCAACGGCAGCAGCAGCAACAGCUCGGGCAGCGAUGCCGACUGUCAUAUGGCGCUGACGAAAUCUAAUUCACUGGAUGCCAUAUCCAUGUCCGUGGCCAUUUCCCCGCCAGCCACGCCCUCGCCGCCACGACCACGUCGCAGUCUCAAGCAGCACAAAUGCCUGCAGCAGCAACAGCAGAAUCAACAGCAGCAGCAGCAACAGUUGCUGCCGCCGCUGAUGAAGAAGCAUUCGCUGGACAAUUGCCUGGCGGCGCCCAAACAGCCGCAACGUCGCUGGUCGAAUCAAACGCUGCUCAAAUGCACCUGCCACACGCUCGAGGAGCUCAGCCAUAGGCCCGGCCAUAGCCAUAGCCAUAGCCAUUGCACUUGCCCAACGCCUCCCACAACAGUCAGCCCGCAUCCCCACCCGCCCCCACCGACGCCGUCGUCUCAUGGAUUGUCUGUCAUUGAGAAGUGCCGCUCGCUGCCCGCCGCCUGCUCGCAUACGUGCGUAAAUUUAAUCCCCGGCUGUGCCGAUGCGGCGUCUGCCAAGUCUAACAGCAAAUCCACAACAACAGCAGCAGCAGCAGCAACAAACACGAAAACUACAACAACGACAACAACAACAACAACAACGCAACAGCUAACAACGUUGACUGUCAAGAAAGGCAAAUCGCGUCGACUUUCGGAAUUUACGCGUGGUGAAUUUUUAAAUGAAAAAUCUUGGUACUUCCGCAAAAUCAAACGCAUCGAGGCUGAGAAAAAAUUGCUACUGCCGGAGAACGAGCACGGCGCAUUUUUAAUACGCGACUCCGAGAGCCGCCACAAUGACUACUCGCUAUCAGUGCGCGAUGGCGAUACGGUUAAGCAUUACCGCAUCAGACAAUUGGAUGAGGGCGGCUUCUUCAUUGCCAGACGCACAACAUUCAGAACCCUACAAGAGCUUGUCGAGCACUAUUCCAAGGAUUCGGAUGGCCUGUGCGUCAAUCUCUGCAAGCCCUGUGUACAGAUUGAAAAACCUGUCACCGAGGGUCUAUCGCAUCGAACACGCGAUCAAUGGGAAAUCGACAGAACUUCGUUGAAAUUCGUACGCAAACUGGGCUCCGGACAGUUUGGCGAUGUCUGGGAGGGUCUAUGGAAUAAUACAACGCCCGUGGCCAUCAAAACUCUCAAGUCGGGCACAAUGGAUCCCAAGGACUUCUUGGCCGAGGCUCAAAUAAUGAAGAAACUGCGCCACACCAAGCUCAUACAGCUAUAUGCGGUCUGCACCGUCGAGGAGCCCAUCUAUAUUAUCACCGAGCUCAUGAAGCAUGGCUCCCUAUUGGAAUAUCUGCAAGCAAUUGCAGGCAAAUGUCGUAGUAUCAAAAUGCAAACGCUCAUCGAUAUGGCUGCCCAAAUAGCCGCUGGCAUGGCCUAUUUGGAAUCGCAGAACUAUAUACACAGAGAUUUGGCGGCACGGAAUGUGCUCGUUGGCGAUGGCAAUAUCGUCAAGAUUGCCGAUUUCGGCUUGGCACGACUCAUCAAGGAGGAUGAAUACGAGGCACGCGUGGGCGCACGCUUCCCCAUUAAAUGGACAGCGCCGGAGGCGGCCAAUUAUAGUAAAUUCUCUAUUAAAUCGGAUGUGUGGAGCUUUGGCAUAUUACUCACCGAACUGGUCACCUACGGACGCAUACCCUAUCCAGGCAUGACCAACGCCGAAGUAUUAACCCAGGUGGAGCACGGCUAUCGUAUGCCCAUGCCGCCCAAUUGUGAACAGCGUCUGUACGAGAUUAUGCUGGAGUGCUGGCACAAGGAUCCGAUGCGCAGACCCACAUUCGAAACGUUGCAAUGGAAGCUCGAGGACUUCUAUACAUCCGAUCAGAGUGACUAUAAGGAGGCUCAGGCCUACUGAUAAAUGCUUUAUGCGCCCGCUGCCGCCAAACAUUGGCAAACUGGCUGCAACAAGGUGGCGCCCGGCGCUGCAGCCAGCCAAGCGGAGCAGAGCAACAACAGCAACAACAACAAGAGGAAGAAGAACGAAGCAUGAAGCAACAUUGCGCCGUACAACAGCAACCCAAAACGGACAAUUCUUAUUUAGUUACUUAUUUCAGUUUUGCACAGAUUUUCUAUGGCAUCAUAAAGAAACAAAGGAAAGGCAAAUAUGUAAUCCCAUGCUCCUCCACCAGGAGCUGAGUGUACGUCUAGGUAUCAAUAUAUAUAUAUAUAUAUCUAUAUAUAUAUACAAACAUAUAUAAAUAUAUAGGAAUUACAUGUUAUUAGCGUUUAAGGCAGGCAGAUUUUAGUGUUUAGGGCAGGAGGAUUGCAGUGUGCUAAGAAUGAAAGUAUAUAUAUAUAUAUAAUUAUAUGUAUGUGUAUUAAUAAUAUUUGUAUUUUUGAUUACAAAACAUUUCUUUUGUUUCAUUAAACGCAUGUACAUUUAUAUAGCUAUAUGUAUGUAUAUCGUCAUGAUUUAUGCAAUCGGGCGCUGAUCAAUAUAUUGUGCAUAUAUCUAUAUAUAUAUCGGAUGUAUUGCUAAUCAUAUGGCACACGCAUACAUAAACAUAUAGUUCACUUAUAUAUAUAUAUAUAUACACGAAACGCAUAAAGUCACAGUUUUUUAUAGGAUCUUCAUAUGCAUAUUUGUUCUUUUUAGUUAUAUAGCCAUUAUAAACGAUAUUUAAAUACUUAUAUAUUUAUGCUUUUAGUUAAAAACAUUACGUGUCUUACCUUAUAUUCAAAACAAGCAAACACACACACACACACACACACACACACACUCACACUCAACAUAAUCAACGACAUAUAUGCUUUAUCUUUAUCGUGUAAUCGUAAAAAGCAAAACAAAAAAAAACAAAAAUUAAAAGGAAAGUAAAACGAUUAAAAGUUAAUAAUAAUGCAAUGCAAUAAAGUAAACUCCAUAUUAUUAAUGUUAUACAUUUUAAUUGUAAUUUUUAAUCAUUAAAUUAUACACACACGCAUACACAUACACACGCGAAUCCAUGUACAUUUAGUGAACAAAAACAUCAAAAUAAAAUUUACUAUCGUAAUUUAUAUAAAAAACAAAAAAAACAAACAA